UGCCUGACCGAGCGCCUUCAGCUAGGUGAGUCCACUAAAACAUAUGGUCAGCCUCCAAUGUCGAAAACUUAGUGCUAUUUAUUUUGGGGAUUUAUUUACCGCUACAAUAUGGUCUCGGUUUUUGAACCUUCUUACAAUGUCCUCUCAGAUGAGCAGUCCUAGAGUGAAGAAAAAUUUAAGACAUAACGGUACUAAAAUAAUCGUUUGUGUUCGGUAAGUUAGUAUCAUAUCAGCCUAUAACCUGCGGCAAAAUAAAAGAACUAGGUUAAUUCGUCUCCGUCUGUCUUCAUAAUAUAGGCGAGAGACCAUUUAGCAUUCUGAUUCCUCGCCAUUGAAUUAGUUUCAAAAAGGAUUCUCUGUUUGAAUCCUAUAUUCCGAAUGCAGCCUCACAAAAUUUGUGUAUUGAAGAUUGUGGUGAAAUGAAGUUUGGUCGUGUAUCAGUUUAAAAUGCUGAAAUAUAUUUCACGGUUUACGAGGUUUUAUCGUUAUCGUGUUUACAGUUUAUUGUGUACUCAAUCUAGUCCUCGAAUUUCGCCAACAUUUACCAAAACUUUGUCUCUUACUGUAUCAUUUACUUGGUGGCCAUUGGAAUUAUGGAAAAAUAAAGAUAUACACGAACAGUGUCAACAACUAUUCAAUGAUUCGUUAUUUCAUAUAGCUACGGGUGAAUUCAGUGUGGCAAAUGAUAAAUUACAUGAACUACUGUGGUUUGUCAACCAGUCUUAUCAAAAUCAUGAGUUAACCAAUCGCGAAUACAUCGAUAAACGUGCACGGAUAUGUUCCGAGAUGGCAAAUCUAAAUCUCCUUAUGGGAAAUUAUUUAGAAGCAGAAAAAUUAAUUAAACAGACAAUGGAGGAUUGUUUAACAGCCAAAAUAUCACCGAAUGAUGCUAUGUUUAUUGAGCUGUCACUUAAAAUGUCCAUGCUUUUCGAAAAGUCUGGUAGAUUAGAUGAUGCUGAGAAGGGUUUUCGAUUUUGUAUAGAAAACCAAGAGGAAAAGUUAACAAGUUUCGAUGAAAGUAUCGACCAUAUAAAUGAAAAAGCUUUACUGGGAAUGUGUUGUAAUUAUUUCGCCAAAUUUCUCUUUGCUAAUCAAAGACAAACAGAAGCUUUAGUUUAUGCUCAACGAGCUUAUGAAAUUGCCAGUCAAAUUUAUCCUUUAGACCAUGCAAACUGUUUAAAUUUAUUAAUUGAUAUUAGCGUUAUCUAUGCUGAUUUAAAUGUAUUUACAGAGUCUCAACGUAUUCUUGAACAAGUUAUUCAAACAAGUCAAACCAAGUAUCAAUUUUUCAUUGAUAAUUACUCUAACGAUAAUGAACUACUGAAAUCAAACGUUUCAAAACAACGUGAAAUGCAUGAAAUUGUGUAUACUCUAAUACAUUCAAUAUUACAAUUAGCCGUUGUUAACUUAAUGUCGAAAAAACUAGAAUUUGUGAACCAGUUAUUAUUACAAGCUGAUCACAUUAUUAAUCAAAUUGAUCAAUUGGGUUUAAAAGUCUCUACGCACCGUAAACUUAUUAAUGAUUUCAAAAUGGAACAUCAUUUUCAAAUCUAGAAAUGUUUUCGACUCCCUCAUCUUUGUUGUUUCUUUCUUCAAUUUUGUAUAGAGAUUUAUAUGAAUGUAUUUUAGAGUGAGUUAUAUUAUAAAUGACUGAAAUUGUAUAUUUGAGUGACGUGACAAGGUUACUUUCUUAUGUUCACGAUAAUUGCUGCAAAUCAUUCUUUUUUCAUACCUAUUUAUCAUUAUAUCUUGUUGAUAAGUACCGCUUAAAUGCUCUUUAUAGUUUUACAAUUCAGUUUGUUUUACUAUUAUGAGUCCGAAAUCCCUAAUUCCCUUCAUAACCUUUGCUCUUUUCUGGCUGGGUACUUUAUGAUUCAGUGUUACAUCAUUUGUUACAAGAUCACUAACAUAGAUUAUAUUUUCAAACAAGUACAGUAAUACUACUUCUUGUAGGUAAAAUAAAACUAUAUACAAAAUGUCAGCUUGUUAGGUAUGUAUAUUAAUAACGUUUGUUACAUCCGAAGAAUAAAUGAAUGGUAACUGCUAGGAAUUAUUUAUUUAUUUUUAUUGGGUAACUAUAAGAAACUAGAAUAUAUGUAUUCGUAUCCCUUCUAUUAUGAGCUUUCAUUUGACCUUUUGGCUACUGCAAUACGACUUACCACUCUUAACUUAUUCCCGAUUUAUCAGUUGCAGUAUCUCACACAAACACUUUUGACUUUAUCUUGCUUAAUUAUUAUUCCUCAUUUUAUGGUGUGAUGUAGUCUGGUCUGCUUGUAUAUAAGCCUAGUAUAUCUGAAUCAUACGAUUCAGUAAGAGUCUGAAAUCGUUUUCUGGACUGAACGGGCUGGGUUAGGUGAGGACCAAUAAGGAC